AUGAUUACCAAUAUCAUUGCAGAUCUUGGUAAAGCCUUUGCUAUAAAAGACUUGGGUGAUUUGUCUUUCUUUUUGGGUGUCGAAGUUCUCAGGCAAGGAUCAGAAAUUGUUUUAACUCAGCGCAAAUAUGUCACGGAUCUUCUACGACGUACCAAGUUGGAUGGCGUUAAACCGGGGACUACACCAUUAGCUUCAAAUGUCAAGAUUCAGAAACUUGGCUCAGAAAAGUUUGCAGACCCAACAUUGUAUCGUAGUGUUGUUGGUGCACUUCAAUAUUUACAUCUGACGCGGCCAGACAUUUCAGUGGCAGUUAAUAAAGUGUGUCAAUACAUGCAUGAGCCGUAUGUGGAGCAUUGGGAGCUGGUGAAGAGGAUCAUUCGUUAUCUGAAGCAUACCGUCGACUAUGGUUUACAUCUAAAAUCAUCAAGGGACUUCUCAUUACACGCAUACUCUGAUGCGGACUGUGCUGGCAGCCUAGAUGAUCGCAGGUCUACAAGUGGAUAUUGUGAAACUGAUUAUGGGUUCAGCCUUUUUGGUGGUAUUCUGAAGAUGGGUUACGAUCCUAACAUCAUCACAUAUACUAAUUUGAUCAAGGGGUUGUGUUUGCAGGGAAAGAUUCAGGUUGCCGUUGAACUGUUUGACAAAAUGAUUGAUAGGGGAGUUCAACCGAAUACAAUCACAUGUAAUACCAUAAUAACUGGGCUUUGUAGAGUUGGUGAAUUAGAGAAUGCUCUUCACUUGCUGAGGAACAUGGCUAAAUGGAAUUGCGAAGCUAGUAUUGUUUCUUAUGGUGUGAUUAUGGAUGCUUUAGGAAAAAGAGGAUUGGUUGACGAGGCUCUGCAUCUGUUUUGGGAAAUGAUAGAUGAUUCCAGUAUUGUAACAAAUGUCAUUGUUUACAAUUCUCUGAUUAACGGGUUUUGCAAAAAUUUAAGCGAAGCAGUUAAAGUCUUCGAUAACAUGUCUAACCGUGGAGUUUCUGCAGAUUCAUAUACUUACAAUUCUCUAAUUCAUGGACUAUGCAUGCGUGGUUUAUGGAAGGAAACAAUAAGAUAUUUUGAUGAAAUGGUGGGGAGGGGUAUUUCGCCAACUAUAGUUACUUUUAACGUAUUGAUAGAUUCCCUGAGUAAAGAAGGGAGGAUGGAAGAAGCUUCCAAGAUAUUUGAUGCGAUGAUUAAGCUGCGCAAAGAACCUGAUGUGUAUACUUAUAAUUCCAUGAUAUUUGGUCUGUGUUCAACAGGUAAGCUAGAGGAGGCACACAGAUUGUUUGGCUCCGUUACGGAUAAGGGCCUCCAAUAUGAUCUUUACAGCUUCAAUCUGCUAAUUAAUGGAUACUGCAAGAGUUCUGGGGUGGAUGAAGCCAUUCCACUCUUUAAGGAAAUGGAAAAAAGAAGGGAUUAAAACCGGACCGAGUUACCUCUAAUACACUAAUAGCUGGACUGUGCAAGACCGGAAAAGUUAAAACGGCACAGAGCAUGUUAAUUGAGAUGCAAUCUGACUG